UCAAAAAACUCCCCAAGUUCAGUACUGUAUCCUUCUCGAUCCUCCUCUUCAUAUUCUUCCCUUUAUCACAUCCAGAAGUCUUAGGUCAUCAUGGCUGUUUUCAAUGACGAGUUUGAGGCCACCUCCGUUAUCCCACCGGCUAGGCUGUUCAAGUCCUUCGUCCUUGACGCCGAUAACAUCAUUAUGAAGGUUGCACCUCAGGCUUUUAAGGGUUCUGAAAACAUUCAAGGAAAUGGAGGGCCCGGAACAAUCAAGAAGAUCACAUUUGCAGAAGGCAGCCAUUUACAUCACAUCAAGCAAAGGGUUGAUGAGAUUGACCACGCAAACUAUAAAUUCAGCUACAGCGUGAUCGAGGGCAGUCCUUUGGGCGACACCCUUGAGAAGAUCUCUAAGGAGAUCAAGAUAGUGGCAGUCCCUGGUGGAGGAUCCAUACUGAAGAUCACCAGCAAGUACCAUACCAAAGGCAACAUUUCGGUCAAUAAAGAACUGAUUAAGGCUGACAAAGAAAAGGGCGAGGGACUACUUAGGGCUAUUGAGAGCUACCUCUUGGCGCACCCUGAUGCUUAUAACUAAACCUUGUGUUUGUUUGUCCCAUAAAAAAUAAGUUGUGGCUUCUUUUCUUUCUUUCUUGAGAUGUUGUAACUUGGAAGAAUGCAAAGUGAAUUAAUGUUCUAUUACUUUGCAUACAUAUAUACAAAUAAAGAAAAUUAUCUGGAAAUUACAAUAUUA